GUUUUAAACGAUAGACGAUGCUUCCUCAAGGCCAACCAGCCGGGUCGAUAAUACUGUCCGGCGUGUUAUGAUCCAGACUCCAAAGCAGUCACCUGUGUACUGUCCUGGGCAUACACGUCCGGUCGUUGAUAUCUGUUAUAGCGGAGAGACAGAUUGCGGACAUCUUUUCAUCACUGCUUCAAAAGAUGGUAAAGCAAUUCUGCGCCAAGGUGAUACAGGAGAUUGGAUUGGAACAUUUUUAGGUCAUAAAGGAGCUGUCUGGUCGUGUGUCUUAGACAAGCAUGCUACUAAGGCUGCUACCGGGGCGGCGGAUUUCACUGCCAAAGUAUGGGAUGCAAACUCCGGUUCGGAGCUCCUUUCAAUCACCCAAGAUCAUAUUGUUCGGUGCGUUGACUUAAGCAAAACUGACUCAGGCGCAAAAUUACUCACUGCUAAUAACUGGAAAAAGAUUUCGGUCUAUGAUCUAAACGCUCCUAAAUCACCCAUAUCCGUAUUCGGGGGACACGAACAAAUAAUUCGUCGACUGCUAUGGUGUGGCGAAGAUAAACUUGCUUUAUCCAUAUCAGAGGAUAAAACUAUCCGCUUGUGGGAUCUCCGAGAUAUUCUGAAGCCAGCUGCAGUUCAUCAGAUAUGGUCCAAGGAAUUAUCAGACCCAGUCAACGAUAUUCAAUUCCAUAUCCCUUAUAAUGAAGAUCAAGUGAAAGCUGUGGUAGCAUGUGGAAACUCAAUCCAGACUUAUACGUUUGACUGGCGUUAUAGCAACGUGAUAGAAGCACCUGAAGCUUUCCCAAAAUUCAGUCUAUCGUGUCCAGUAAAUUCUGUCAGCUUGCAUCCCACUGAAAAAUUACUUGUAUGUGGUGGAGAUGAUCACAUAAUAUAUCGAUUAAAUUCGGAAACUGGUGAAAUAUUAGAAACCUGCAAGGGACAUUUUGGCCCUCUACAUUGUGUUAGAUUUUCUCCUGAUGGACACGUUUAUGCAAGCGGUAGUGAAGAUGGCACUGUUCGUUUGUGGCAAACUGUUGUUGGAAGUGACUUUGGAUUAUGGAGAUUGACUGUACCGAAUGAAGUUUCUGCUGUUAAUUGCUCAAAUUUAUCUGUAUCUGCCAAAGAUCACUGUAGCACGAAUUUAGCCGAAGUACCAGCUACUGGUGAUACUAAUAAUAGUUGAUCCUUUUACAUAUUUUUUUCAUUAUGAAUCUCACCAGAAAUAUUAUUGUGGUUUUUAUAAUCCAUACCAUUAUGUUAAUGCUAUAGUAAAUUUUAACCAUAAACUACUUCUGCUGAGAAAUAAUUAAGAGGACUUUGUACAGUACUGACUUCAGUUGUCAACCCUGUCAACAGUUUUAUGAAUAGAAUAUUUUUGAUAAAAUAUAAAAUUUAUUUACUCGUA